CACAACCCUGGUGUGUGCCGAUUCACUUCAUUCAGGACCUUCCGCGCCUUGUGGCCUUGCUCUUUAUCAUGCAACGCAUGAGAUACAAGAAAUGGGGACCUCACCCGUUGGUCGAACCUGAACCUGGAUAUGAAGGCGAGAUCAUCAUCGAGUGUGAGAACAACACGGACAAGGACAGCCAUGAUCAAGAGGGCCAGAGAAAAAGCGCGUCGAUCUUACGAUUGGAUUUGAGGUCUGACAAGCGCACAACUCAUUUUGGUCUACGCGGACGCACAACGACUGUUUCCCCAGUGAAGAGUAAGGCGCUUUCGGCUCUGCCGCGGCUGUCUCAUUCUCUCAACGAAUCCACCGAAUUGGUUGCCAAGCUUUUUUGGCCUGAAGACGCACGGCAGAGCGAGCCCGAGGUCCUCGAAGAGGUCUACAAGAUUGCGACUCAAGAUCCGGAUGUGUUGGGCCAUGUUCCAGACAUGGUCUGAUUCCACAAGUUUGAAGAAACAUCCACGGCGACGAUCAGAAAGGCACUAGGAAUCGACGAUGCAGGUAGCCAGGUCCUAUACAUCAUCAUGUUCAGAAAGCUUGACCCAAUCACGAUGCUGAGUGGGAGGAAUUUAUCCUCGCAUGGUGGGAAGUCGU